GUAAAAAAAUUAUUAGUACAAAAAAACAAAAGGGUAUUCAAAGAACUGCACCUAUUAAAAAAAAGGCAAAAACAAUAGCUAUAUCAAAAAAAGCUGAAGAAUUAUCAUCAAAUUAUGCUGAAAGUUCAAAUAUUGAAUUGUCAAGAGAAGAAAGAGAAUUUAUUUUAAAAGAAAAAGAAAUAGAAAAUUUCUAUUAA